AUGAAGAAGUUAAUAACAAGUGCCUUGCCGUAUGUGAACAACCAGCCACACCUUGGGAAUGUCAUAGGAAGUGUCCUCAGUGGGGAUGUGUAUAGCAGGUAUUGCAAGAAGAAAGGAGAGACGGUGGUGUACAUAUCUGGGACAGACGAGUACGGGACUGCCAUCGAGAUGGAGGCUAUUUCACGGGGCAAGACUCCUGCUGAGGUUUGCGAGGAGAAUAGGAAGCUUCACAAGCAGAUUUACGACUGGUUCAACAUCGAUUUUGAUUAUUUUGGAUUUACAUCUAUACCUGGACACACGGAGGUUGUGCAAGAUCUUUUUAUGAAGAUGUACAACAACGGGCAUUUUACCGAGCAAGAAGUUGAGCAGCUUUACUGCAAAUCUUGCGAGAUAUUCCUUGCAGACAGGUAUGUUGUUGGAAAGUGCAGGUUUUGUGGGGAUCUAAAGGCAAGAGGAGAUCAGUGUGAUGCUUGUGGACACACGUACAACUCUCUCGAGCUUCUAUCUCCGGAGUGCUCUGUAUGCAAGUCCAUGCCGAUUGUGAAAUCAACCACCCACCUGUUUUUUGAUCUGGAGGCAUUUAGGCCGGAGCUGGAGAAGCUGUACAAGACGAAUGGACAUCUGUGGAGUCAGAAUGCACAGAACAUAUUCAACCAGUGGAUUUCGAUGGAGUUUCAUCCAAGAUGCAUGACAAGGGAUCUGAAGUUCAAAUGGGGGGUUUCUGUUCCGCUGAAGAAGUUUGAGGAAAAGGUCUUUUAUGUCUGGUUUGAUGCACCGAUAGGAUAUCUGACCUUUUUAAAGGCGCUUGUGGGAGAAGACUUCGAUGAAUGGUGCAGGGAGUCUGAGCUUGUACAGUUUAUGGGAAAGGACAAUGUGCCAUUCCACACUGUGAUAUUCCCGGCGAUGCUUUGUGCAACUGGAGAGAAGUACCCACUGAUCAAAAGGUUAUCUGCCACCGAGUACCUCAUGUUUGAGAACCAGAAGUUCUCAAAGAGCAGAAGGCACGGGAUAUUUGGGCUGGAUCUUGUUGAUGGGAGUCUUGGGAGGUCAUGCAUAUGGAGGUAUUACCUGCUGAAGAUACGCCCUGAGUCAACCAAGGAUUCAAACUUCACUUUCCACGACUUCCAGCAGUCUGUAACGGCGGAUCUUAUUAACAACCUUGGGAACUUUGUGAAUCGAGUGCUGAAGUACAUAAAGUCUAGGUGUAACUCAAGGAUAUCGCUGCUUGAGCUUAAUGACAAGGAUAAGAAGUGUGUUGAAGAGGUAAAUGAGCUAUAUUGCAAGUAUAUAAAGAAGAUGGACGAGAUAAAGCUCAGGGAGGGGCUCCAGGUAGCAAUGGAUAUUUCCAGGCGUGGAAACGAGUAUAUUCAAGAAGGGAUCCGAAGCGAGGACAGGAAAGGCCAUUUCUUCUGCCUUGGAUUCAGCAUUGUUGGGCUCCUUGGCACUCUUCUAUACCCCUUUAUGCCUCUUGCCUCGUUGGAAAUACUGAAGAUGUGUAAUCUUGAGGAGACAAGGCUUCCAGACCAUAUGAAUAUAAUUGACGGGCACACUAUAGGAAAUGAGAUCUAUCCUCUGUUUAAGAACUUUACGGCCGAACAGCUUGAGGAGAUGAGGAAAUACGAAGCCCCCAGCGUAUAG